CCAAAAAAACAAGACAAAAAAAAACAAAAAAAAAAAACAUAAAAACUAAAGAAUAAAAGCUUUGAUGAUAAUGGACAAUUAACAUGUAUAAAAAGUAGGCCCCCCCCCCUUUAAGUUGAUUAAUGGUUGAUUUAUAUAGCAAUAUAUUAAUUGAUAUCAUAAUUGUUCUGUUUAUUUACAUUUAGGAUAAACACUUUGUACACUAUUUUGUAAUGCGUGUAGGUGGGAACAAAUGUCCGAAACUAAAAGUUAAAAAAUAAUUACAAUUUGGCUACAGAGCUUGAGAUUGUAUCAAGUUGUUAAUGACGCUAAAAGAAGAAUUUAUAAUUAUAAAAUUAAAAUAAAAAAAAAAUAGAAAUAAAAAUCAGAAUAGUAUAUAUAUAACUUAUAAUUUAGCUCUUAAGAAAAAAAAAGAAAGAUAUAGAGAGAAAAAAAAAGACAAAAAGAAAUAAUAAACAACAAAUGUUAAUUUUUGACACAUAAUAAAUUACUGAUUGAACAUGUUGAUAAUGUUAGUGGUAAUGAUAAAUUGUAUACAAAGUAAAUUUUCUGGUUCAGACACUAAUUGGAUGUUGUUUGAUGAUCAGCUGUGGAUCAAUAAUCUGAAUAUGAUCGAAGUUCACAUCAGCAGGGCGUAUGUUUAAACAUGCGGUCAAACAUAGACACUUGACAGUUACAUGUUUUCAAAAAUAUCAAUAUUUUAUUAGCAGCAGGUUUCAGUAACAUGUUUGCAAUAAUAUUAAGCCCUUGGGUUGCAUCAAAGGUUAAUUUGCGUGGGAAGGUGGCAUUAGUUAAUAUGUUUCAUUUGAAGGUUUAUAAACUUGUUAUUUACGUUUAAUUAUCAAAAAAGGAAAUUAAAGGAAAAGAAAAGUAAAGAAAAAUAAAAUAUAAAUAAAAAAAAAAAAAAAAUUAAUGGUAGUACAUACACUAAUGUACGUAUGCAUGUUUCAAUAAUUUAAAUCACUGCCUCAAUACUAAUUAACAGGCAUGUGCAGUUUCAAGUUUAGAUGUGUGUGAUGUCACCACAAAUACUAGUAAGGUGUUUAAGAUUUUAAAUUCUAAGCAAGAUCAUUGCAUGUUUUAUAACAAGUCAUGUCAAUGGAUGUGAAGCAAAGGGAUCUGAUGAUCAAUUAAGCUAAUUGAUAAUUAUUUCUUGAUAAAUAUGUGAUUUAUUUGUGCAAAUUCAUUUAAGUGGAGUGGUGUAUAUAUGAUCAUAAAUCUAUAAAAAAAAAGCAUGCCUAAAGGAAACGGUUAUGAGAAACUCGAUAUGUGCGUUACUAGAAGGUAUGAAAUAUUAGUUUAUUCAAAAUAUGAUAUGUAAGUAAAUUUUAACAAUGGUUCGAGGUGAUUUUGGCGUGUUGAAUAUAAACCAUGUGUUAGAUCAAUGCUUGAAAUUAAAAACAGAUUACUUUGAUUUAUUUGUUUAGAUGAAUACAUUAGAAGAUAAAAUAGCAGAUCUUGAGAAAAAGUUAGAGAAGAAGCAAGCUGAUGACGAAUUAUCUGAAUUUGAAAGGGCCAAGAGAAAUGUUAAAGAUGAGGCUGCUAAAGGAAAGGUGGAUAUUGAUGUCUUACAUGAAAGAUUAAUAUUGCUAGACAAUUUAGCGCGAAAGCAAAAUCAUGAUUUGAAGGACAAAAUAAAUUUGAUUUUAAGUAGAUUUCAUAUUCACAAAAAUAGACCGAAUUUUGCAGCAGCGUUAGUACUAAAACUUGUGUGCAACAAAGAAGAGGAAGCGGUGCUUGAUAAAGAACAGAAGUUACUUAAGACAUUUGGUUUGAAUGAUGUUCAUAGUGACAAUUAUAAUAUGCAGUCACAUAAUUUUAAUUUGCAUGGGCCUGGUUUUAUGGGAGGUUCUUUUGGACAAACACAAGGUCACACUUACGGAAUGCCUCCUCGUUUUUCAGGUUCACCUCGUCGCGGUAGGCCUCGUGGUAAUAAUCACAAUCUGUGUUUUAAAUGUAAUAAGCCUGGUCAUUUUGUUCGUGAUUGUACAGCUACACUGGUUCCCACAAGUUUAAAUUAAAUCGUUUGACGUAAUUAGCAAGUAACAAUUUCAUUCUGUUAGUUAACAAAUUCCUACUUAUUUCAUUUCAGGAUAAAUUUCGUUUAAAACCAUGGGAAUUUGAUAUUAAUUUGGGAACAGAUCCUACGUCAGUUACAGUUAGACAACCGACUUUCGUUAAUUUUGAAAACAAAAUAAUUGAUAAUGAUAGGGAGGUAAAUUCAGCAGAGGAGGUUUAUUCAAAAGCUACGGAUGGUGUAUCUCCAGAUAUACGAAACGUGAAAUUCUUUAACCCGAAGACUUUUGUAGCCGGACAAAUUCACACUAGGUUGCAUCAAUGGCAAAAGAUAUUACCUUGUUCGCAUUCUUCAGAUGAAAUUUUGGAUUGGCUAGUUCACGGUGUAAAUAUUAAUAACUAUAUUGUACAUUUUAAAGGAGAUUUCUGGGGGCAUUUUUAUGAUGAUAAGUUCCCACCUUGCAGAAUAUUCAAUAAUUCGAAUAAAUGCAAAAAGUUUUCUACUUUCAUAACAGAAACAGUUACGGAAAGAUUGAAAAAUGGUUCCAUUGAAUGUAUAGGAAAAGUAGGUUUAGUAAAACCACCCCACAUUGUCGCACCGUUAACCGUAGAGCCGACAAAACCUCGACUUUGCAUUAAUCUAAUGUAUUUGAAUAAUUGGAUCAAAGAUAUACCUUUUAGUUUAGACACUUUAAAAAAUGUACAUCGAUCUGUCAGAGAAAAUGCAUAUUUUACUACAAUAGAUGAUAAAUCAGGUUUUGAUAAUGUUUCGUUAUCCGAGGAUUCCCGAAGGCUAGUGGGUUUCCAGUGGGGUGCCUUUUAUUUUAUUUGCAAAACGUUACCGUUUGGUUUCAAACUAUCUAGCUACAUUUAUCACACUUUAAAUCUGCAAGCAACAUCUUAUAUUAGAAGGAAAUUUUUGAUCCCUGUACAUUUGUAUAUAGAUGAUCGUCUUAUAGAGGAAGUAAGAAAACCUGGUUUAAAGACAGGGUUCAGUUGCUCUUUAUUGGCAAAUUACAUCGUUUGUGAAGUGGUAACUAGAUUAGGAUAUUGCAUUAAUUUAGACAAAACUGUGUUCAUCCCGUCACAAUCAGUAGUAUUUUUGGGAUUUGUAGUUGAUUCUGUAGCUAGAUGUUUCAGAAUAACUGAGUCAAAAAAACAAAAAUUUAUUACUUUACGCGAGAAUUGUUUAGGAAAAAGUGUUGUUACGGUGCUAGAUUUACAAAAAAUAGUGGGUCGCUGUAUUUCUUUUAUGUUAGCUGUUCCGGCAGCAAAACUUUACACUCGAGAGAUGAACAAUGCAAUCUCAUUGGGAAUCCGCAAACAAACAAGUAUUCCAAUGACAAAAGAUUUAAAAGACGAGAUUAUUAAUUGGCGAUUUUUGGAUUCAUGGACAGGAAAGUUGGAAUGGAAAAAAGAACGGCAUUUAGUUGUAAACAUUUAUACAGACGCUUCUAUGUACAAAUGGGGUGGAUAUUUCAAAAUAAACGACAGAGAGCACAAAGUCGGCAAUUCGUGGGCACAGGAAAUGUUAUCGCUUCCUAUUAUGGUACUAGAGGCUAAAGCUUUGUUAAAUGUAUUAAGGUGCUUGGAAUAACGAAGGUUCCAAAUCUAUGAUAUUGAAUUCUACUCUCAAAGACAUUUUUCAAUUGACUUUAGAUUUAGACGUAAUGCUUAAUUUACAUUUUGUACCAUCUAAAUUGAAUUUAGCUGAUGAGCCAUCGAGAAAACUUAGCAAAUCAGACGCGACUUUAGAUAACGAGACAUGGUAUAAAAUACAAGAGUUUUUUGGUGGAAAUACAGGACAUACGAUCGACUUGAUGGCUUUAGAUUCUAAUAGCAUGACAGACAGAAACGGUGGUAUUCUAAAACAUUUCACGCCAUGUUUUUCUCCUUUGUCAGCACUUGUAAAUUUGUUUGCCCAAACUGUGGAUACAAAUGAAAACUGUUAUGUAUUUCCUCCUUUUGCGUUAUUAUUACCGGUGUUAUCUUUUAUCAGGGAGAAUAUGUUAAAUUGUACCGUAAUACUGCGUGUCGAUGGAGUAAUAGCCGCAUGGGUUCCAACAUAUUAUGAAUUUAUACAAGAUGCUUUUAUUGUUGGUAACAAGGGACAAAGGGGCGUUUUAAAGUAUCCUACCAAGAAAGGUUAUGUCCAAGAUGGUUUUGGGUUACCUGGAAAUCUGUGGGCAAUUCGUAUAAAAGGAAAACCAUCCGUUCGCAUUAAUUAUGGGAAAUUAUUAUUUCUUAAUGAACCACUUGUUUCUAAUAAAUUUCACUUGAUAUGUGUUGGUGAUUCAAUGAUACGAUUUUUAGAAUGGCAAAAAGAUUUUAAUAACCCAAUGGUAAAUGUUUCUUCACAAAGUUGUGCUCUAGUGUGUGAAAUAACACCAAAAGUUGAGAGGCUAAUUAGGACACACCCGCCUAGGCUUAUUUUCAUUCAUAUAGGUGUUAAUAAUGUUAGCAAAUCUUUCUUGUUUAAGUAUGAGUUCAACCAGUUAUGGAUAACAACACAAGAAUUUGAACAUCUAGCGCAAAUAUUACAGCGUACAUUAGAAAGUAAUUGGCACGUAUCUGUUGUAUUAUCAGCGAUAAUCAGGUGUAAAGAUGAGGCUAUAAAUGCAAGAUCGACCAUUAUCAAUGAAAAGAUAGAAAAGUUAUGCAAGCGCAAUUGUUGGAUGUUCAUGGAUAAUUCAAACAUUAAUUGUAGACAUUUUAGAGAUCAUGUACACUUGAACGAAGAAGGUCAAUCAAUUUUUCUCAACAAUUUAUAUAAUGUGUUUAAAAAUGUUUUGUGAAUUUCUGGUUUGUAAAUAUGUAUAUGUAUA